AUGGCGGCGGCCUUAGACGAUGAAUUAGAGUUGGAUAACCAAGACUAUUAUUCUCUUCUCAACGUCAGGAAAGAGGCCACUCAGGAUGAGCUGAAGGCCUCCUAUAGGAGGUUGUGUAUGCUCUACCACCCAGACAAACACAGAGACCCAGAGCUGAAGAGUCAGGCAGAGCAGCUAUUUAACCAGGUGCACCAGGCCUAUGAGGUGUUGAGUGAUCCUCAGUCCAGGGCCAUCUAUGACAUCUUUGGGAAGAAAGGCCUGGAGGUGGAGGGCUGGGAGAUUGUGGAGAGGAAGAGGACCCCAGUAGAGAUCCGUGAGGAGUAUGAGCGGCUACAGCGAGAGAGAGAGGAGAGGAGGCUACAGCAGAGGACCAACCCCAAGGGUACCAUUAGCGUGGGAGUAGAUGCCACAGACCUGUUUGAUCGCUAUGAUGAGGACUUUGAGGAGAUGCCUGGAGGAGGAUUCCCUCACAUCGAGAUCACCAGGAUGCACAUCUCCCAGUCUAUAGAGGCUCCGUUGACUAACUCUGACACUGCAAUGCUGUCUGGCUCUCUCUCCACACACAACGGCAACGGAGGAGGCAACAUCAAUAUGACUGUCCGCCGUGUCACCUCUGCCAAGGGCUGGGGAGAGUUGGAGUUUGGUGCAGGGGACAUACUGGGACCUCUGUUUGGGAUGAAGGUGUUCCGUAACCUGACUCCACGAUGUUUCCUGACUGCUCAGUGUGGUAUGCAGUUCUCUCCCCGUGGCGUGCGUCCCAGCUGUUCUUUAAUGACAGCUCGUCACCUAGACCAGAACACGAUGGGUUACCUGCAGUGGCGAUGGGGACCGCACAGCUCUAUGACCACUAGUGUGGUCCGAGAUACCAAGACCAGCCACUUCACCCUGGCACUGCAGCUGGGUGUCCCUCACUCCUAUCUGAUGAUGAGUUACCAGUACAAGUUCCAGGAUGAGGACCAGACCAAGAUCAAGGGAUCGAUCAAGACUGGAUGGUUUGGUACAGUGGUGGAGUAUGGAGCAGAGAGGAAGAUCAGUCGGCACAGUGUCCUGGCUGCUACUGUCAGUGUCGGAGUGCCACAGGGAGUCACCCUCAAAAUCAGGUUGGCUCGUGCCAAUCAGACCUAUCUAUUCCCGGUCCACCUGACAGACCAGCUGCUGCCCAGUGCAGUGUUCUACGCCACUGUGGGGCCUCUACUAGUCUACAUGGCCAUACACAGACUGGUCAUUAUACCAUACACAUGCUCCCAGAAACAACAAGAUCUGGAGCUACAGAGGAAGAGCUCAGAAGUAGACAUGGUCAAGAAGAAACAAGAGGCGGAGUCAGCCGUUCUGCUGAUGCAGGAGUCUGUGAGGAGAAUCAUCGAGGGAGAGGAGUCUAAGAUGGGUCUGAUUAUCCUGAAUGCGUGGUAUGGAAAGUUUGUGACAGACAACAGCGCGCGCCAAGAGAGAGCUCAGGUUAUAGACGUUACUGUCCCUCUGCAGUGUCUGGUCAAGGACUCCAAACUCAUACUCACUGAGGCAUCAAAGGCGGGGUUGCCAGGUUUCUAUGACCCGUGUGUAGGAGAGGAUAAGAGUCUGAAGCUGCUGUAUCAGUUCAGGGGGGUGAUGCACCAAGUCCUCUCAGCAGACACUGAGGCUCUACGGAUACCUAAGCAGUCUCACAGAAUCGAUGCUGAGGCGUAGGAACCCUCUGUUAUGGGAGCAACAAGGGGCAAGUGGAGACAGACAGAUGCAGACAGACAGACAUUGACAGAAGGACUGACAAACAGAGGUCGAGAGACAAACAAAGUGAAUAGAAAUUCUCUCUUUACACAUCACAUUUAUGAAUUCAGACAUGAGUUCCUCUUCUCUCUCCGCUCUCAAAACCCACUAGAUUCCUCUGUUUUAG